UGUGGAACCAGGUUAAGACUGGACAAAACCAAGAGGGUAAGUAUAAACAUCGAACCGCCCAAAAGAAGCGUGAGCUACCUUCUCUUGUCAAUCUCAUUCUCGUCGUUGUUGCUGCUGUUGUCGCUUGCUUUCAAAAGUCUUCGUUGAUCGAAGCAUACUAUCGUUUUAUAAUAUUCCCUACAAAGGUACAAGCUUGACGCUGGCCGUCUACACCCGAUUUCCUACGUUCUCGUGAAUUAGGGAAGCAGCAUUCAUCAUACGGCGUUCACUGGAUCGACAAAAUGGCCUCGUUAGAUUUCUUACCGUCUACAACAUACAGACCGCCGUCAUCAAAUGGGCAGGUUCCCAGGAAACGGCCGUUGCUUAAUACAAUCGUGGAAGAAAGUGAAGGAUCUGUCGUCGGGUCAGAUAUUGAAAGAGGUAGAAACAGAUCUCCCAAGAAUAGGUCCCCUAAGUUUGAGACAUUCCUCUCGCCCUUGAGCGACCAUUUCCCGACACCUCGAGGAAAACACUUCAUGGUGGCACCCAUCCCUCCUUCUGAAACGUCUUCGGACUCCGAAAGCGAUUCUCCCGCUCCCUCAUCGGCGCCCUGGACAAGACAGAGCUACAUGACCGACAAUACCGAGUUCGAUGAUAUAUACGAUGUAUCUUCUGAUGAAGAUAAUGGGAAGCAGAGUGCCAUCACCCGCCAGAACAGCAAGAAAAGCACUCGACAAGCCAGGCGUUCUUCCACAGGAUCUACUAUCAGCAGGGAGUCACUUAGUCUUGUGAUCCCAGGUGGAGAUCCAUGGCCUGGAGUUGCUGCGUUCAAGCUCCUAAGCUCUCCUGUACCCCCCACGCCCCCUCCGAAAGUGCCGAUGUCCCCCGCGAUUUUCUCAUAUCUACAAUCACAAGAAGCACCGUCAUGCUCUGCACCUCCAUCUCUAGAUGGCAGUUUGGAUUCGGAGGAGCUGGCUGCUAUAUCGGCUCCACCAACGCCAGAUAUUGGGAAUGACAGCGAAGAUGAUGAUGGCUGGGGUGGAGUACAACUACAACCGGCCGCAAUGGCAACUUUACAGGCGCUAUCGGGUGGAGAUGAUCGCGAAGAUAUGGUCUUUGAACACCAGCCAGAAAGAGUCAUUGAAUUGACCGAUAAUAACUCACCCGUUCGGGAGAUGCAGCAAAGUCCACCUCCACUUGUCACAAACAUUCACAGAAACAAUUCGGUUAUUCUCUCCCCAGAGCAACAGCGAUCAUUGAGUGCCCUUACUAGACUCGAUAUACCAUCACCUGGAGGCUUUUUCUCUGCUUUAUCACCUGGUGCAAGACAUACAUGGCAUCUUAUACCAAUUACCCCGGAGCCAGCUCCACCUUCAUCGACUACUGCGGAGAGCUUUUACAAAACUCCCUGGAGUGACAAUUCACACCCAGUCGAGCAGAUCAUCGAGGUCCCCGAAAUGUCUGAGACGAUGUCUGAUGGGAUUCCCACAGCUAGACCCCUAACCGCCCAGCUUCUUUCGGACUCCCUUCUUCGGCCGGAAAUUCGACAUGACAAUUCGGACGAGACUGUUCGUCCAACUGAACCUGAGGACAUAGUUGCUGAUGAAAUACUUGUGGAUUAUGAGCCUGGAUACGCUCGUAAACUCGAAAAUGUGGCAGUCGCUAACCUUGACCGCACUGGCAUGUGGCUAGUGGCUCAGAACAACUUCCUUGCUGAACUCAUCAAUCCAACUGAAGCACGCGAUGAUGAAGCGGCUCUUCUCAAGCGCGUUGCCAGUGUGAAGAGCCAGAAAGAACAAGCAGAGGAGGCACCUCGUCGCAAGGUGGUCCGGUUCUCCGAAAUCGCGGAGAAGAACGAAGGAAACGUUGCUUGCCCCAAGCCCAAGCUUGGUCGGCAAGAGUCAGCACAUUAUCGUGCCUUCCAACAGUUGAUCGCACGCUCUCGUUAUCGCGACACUUUUGUUCAUCGCAUUCCAAGAUUCGAAGCUCUUCAAUCCCAGCGUGUCUCGUUCCCUGCCGUCCAUCGUGCACGACUUCUUGGCAAGUACCAGCUCAGCGUUGUCCCAAUGAGCGCCAAGCGCCGCAUGUCAGCUAAUGUUGCCCGCGGCGAUGAGAUAUCUCCUGAGAAUCCAGAGAAGUUGAAACGCGACAAAGAAGCCGAAGCUCUCACUCAAAUGACGCCCGCGACCUGGAAUGUCAUGGCUGUCAAGCUUCUUAACGGCGGCCGGUUGAUCGCGGCCCCUGUUGCAAAACGUCUUGCUCGACUCUCAUCCAUGGGCCCCAAAUUGGAUGGGACACCGCGAGACCGUGCCAGGAUUUUAGACCUCGGUGGCCAACCAACUUGCGACUGGGCAUGGCAUUGCGCUUCGGAGUACCCAAACACCAAAGUUUACACCGUAACGACGAAAGCCUUGCGCCAACUCUCCAACUCCAACAUUCGAGGCCCGAGGAACCAUCGCCAAGUUGCUGUAGAGCACCUGACCCGACUCCCCUUCGCGGAUAAUCAAUUUGACCUCAUUUCGGCACGCGAAAUCUAUACUAUCUUGCGCGAAAAUGGCGAGCACGGGCAGGACGAGUGGGAGACUUGCCUCAGGGAGUGUAUGCGUAUUCUCAAACCAGGCGGCUAUCUUGAAUUCUCCAUCAUGGAUUCCGAUAUCGUCAACGCUGGCCCCUUGGGUCUUGCAAAGAGCGUGGAGUUUGGAUUCAAUCUCAAGACCCUCGGUUAUGAUCCGUUCCCCACGAAAGCUUGGCUAGGCAGACUCCGAAAGGCUGGGUUCGUGGGAAUCAAGCGCGCAUGGGUAUUCUUGCCGAUGGGAGCGAAGGUUGAGAACAAAGUGCAGAACAGAGAUAGUAUGGGCGUUGAAAUCAAAUUGGAAUUAGAGGCUAUUGUUAGUGGAAGUACCGAGAGCGCAGCAAGUGUGUGCGGCAUCGUGGGAGGCUGGGCAUGGGAGAAGUGGUUGUUGAGGUGCAAAGUUCAGACUGUAGGGGAUGAGGCGAAGCUUGAUGGGAUCCAGGAUAUCAUCGAGGAGGGGAGAGCCUGUGGUGCUGGGUGGAGGACUAUUAGCGGCUGGACUAGGAAACCGGUUAAGAUGUAAGUAAGGUUUUGGAGGGUUGGGAUAUGGGUGAUUGCGAACUGGGCAUGGCGUGGUUCCUUUUUUGAAUUUUGGACAAUUGAUGCGUGUAUGGGAUCCUGAAUGUAUGAUAUACCCGGGUGAUAGUUCAAUAUGAGCAGGAAUUGCAUGCCAC